AUGGGCGCCAAGGACCUUGCUGUUGUCGCCGCGUCCGUCGCGAUCACACUCCUCCUCACGCGCAUCUGGAGUUCGCGAAGAUGCACGCGCAGCCGCAACCGCAAGAAGCUGCCCCACCGCAUCAUUCUCGUGCGCCAUGGCCAGAGCGAAGGCAACGUCAACCCGGUCUUGUACCGCGACGUGCCCGACAACGCGAUGCCAUUGACGGACCUCGGGAAGCGCCAGGCGCGGGCUGCGGGCGAGGCCAUCAAGGCCAUCAUCGGCGACGAGUCCAUGCGCUGCAUCGUGUCGCCGUGCACGCGCACGAUUGAGACCUUUGAAGAGAUCAUGGCGGCGUGGGGCGACGCCGCAGCGAACAUCCCAUGGACCGAGGAGCCGCGCAUCCGCGAGCAGGACUUUGGCAACUUUCAAAAUCCCGACCAGAUCCGCGAAUGCAAAAUCCAGCGCCGCAAGUUUGGCGGCUUCUUUUAUCGCUUCCCGAGCGGCGAGUCGCCGGCCGAUGUCUACGACCGCAUCUCGUCCUUCCUCGAGUCGCUCCAUCGCAUGUUCAUGCGCAAGGCCGAGCAAAACUACGUGCUCGUCGCGCACGGCGUCACGAUCCGCAUCCUCCUCAUGCGCUACUUUCGGUACACGAUCGCCGAGUACGAAGCGCUCGAAAACUUCCACAACGCCGAGUUUGUGGUUCUCGAGCACAACGGCGACGGCGCGUUCCGGAUCGCAAAGAUCGUGCACCCGCAAGUCGACCCAUCGACGCUCGCCGUCUCGAUCCACGAGGCGCCGCACGUCCGCGUCCUAUCGAGUCGCGCCCACCGCGAGUCGUCGCUCUCGGCCUCGUACGACAAGCGAACGCUGUGCUGGGACGACAACCCGAUGUAGUCGACGUUAUAACACUAGGACAACAUGUUAGGAUGGUACAAGCUUGUACAUUGACUUUUCACCAAGUGCACACUCCGGGACCACCAAGGUCGCACCAAGCGCGGCUUGAAGCCGCUUCGAUCAGGACCUUGGUUGUUGUUGGGCGAUCUGCUCGUACUUCGGUCACGGCUGUAGCGCGAUAUGAGUUUGCACGGUGUCCUCCAUUGCCGCCGAGACAGAGGCGCAGCAGCCGACGUGUAGUCAGUCCACUGCCGUGCGCCAGCUAUGGAAGGGUGGGACUGGUGAUGCAAAGCGGGGCUUUCUUAUUUUUCUAACAUAAUCCGACAUAUUCGUGUCGAG